UCUAUCCAUUCGAUCCAUCCACCCCCGGAUCGCACGCUUCAGCAGCACAGACCCUCCCCUCUUGCAUUAGAUUGGGAUAACGAGCUCGGCACAGGUCACUCGCAUUUUACUGGUUCUUUGCGAUGGUCUCGACACGCGCAUCGUCGCGAACGCCUUCGCGCACACCGUCACGCAAGCGCUCUAGCAAGAGCCUCAAGGACGCCGGCUCCCCUUCGUCACCAAAGAACAACGGAGCUGCGUCUCCUAGUCCCUCCAAGUCAACGCCCAGAUCCGCUUCCAAGACAUCGGCCGCCGCCGCCGCUUCCAACUCGACCUCAGCCUCCCCAGCUACCCCAACUCCAGCCCCCAAGCAACGCAGGCAGACCCGAGCCAUGUCCAAGGAGACGAUGCUUACCAAGGGGACAUUCCCCGCAGGCGACCCAAAGGUCCUCGCACCCAAAUCGGAACAUUACGAGUUCAUGGGCCCGCCUGGCGCAUUCUUCAUUUCCACGACUGUGCCCUUCUUCUCGUACGCCCUCUACUACUUCUGCAACGAGCAAGUCGGUUGCGCUGUCCCGCCCAAGAACGUCAGUGCUAUCAUGUCGUUGAUGGGACAAGGCAUUAAGGACAGCUUCUUUGAUGGGCAGGCUUGGAUCAUCUACUUUGGCUGGUACGCAUUCUGCGUUCUUGCAUGGGCAUUGCUUCCCGCACCCGAGGUCGAGGGCACCGAGCUUCGCACAGGAGGCAAGCUCAAAUACCAACUCAAUGCUCUGCGCACCCUUGUUCUGGCCUUUGCCCUCGUCGCCGCGCUCAUCUUGACGCAGGGACCGCAGGCCUUCACUUUCCUCUACGACCAUUGGGUCGGCCUCGUCACCGUCUCCCUCGUCAACUCGGUCGUGCAAGCCAUCUACGUACAUGCUCGCUCCUUCGGCGCAGGACGCCUCCUGGCCAAGGGCGGCAACACGGGAAACCUGAUGUACGACUGGUUCAUUGGCCGUGAGCUCAACCCUCGCAUUGGCAAGUUCGACAUCAAAUACUUCAAUGAGCUUCGCCCCGGCCUCAUCCUCUGGUGCCUCCUUGACAUCAGCUGCGCCUGCCACCAGUAUGUGCGUCUUCACGGAAAGGUUACCGACAGCAUGCUUCUCGUCAACGCUUUCCACAUCCUGUACGUUGUCGACUCACUCUGGAACGAGGCGGCCAUACUCACCACGAUGGACAUCACGACGGACGGGUUUGGCUUCAUGUUGUCGGUAGGCGAUCUCACCUGGGUCCCCUUCGUCUACUCCCUCCAAGCCCGCUAUCUCGCCUUCCACCCCGUCAAGCUGGGUCUCAUCGCCUCUUUGGCAAUCUUUGCCUUCAACGGGCUCGGGUACUACAUCUUCCGCGUCUCCAACGGCGAGAAGAACGACUUCCGCAACGGCAACAACAGCAAGAAGCUCAAAUACAUGACCACGUCUAGCGGGCGACGUCUCAUCACCUCUGGCUGGUGGGGCAGGUCGCGCCACCCCAACUACAUGGGCGACCUCAUCAUGGGUCUGGCUUGGUCCCUCCCGUGUGGCUUCGAGACGCCGCUCGUCUACAUGUACGUCGUGUACUUCUUGGUGCUCUUGGUCCACCGUCAGCUGCGCGACGACGAGGCUUGCCACGAGAAGUACGGCAAGGACUGGGAGCGCUACUGCAAGCUGGUGCCUUACCGCAUCUUCCCUUACAUCUACUGAGCGUGAUGUCACUCGAGGAGGCGAUGCUGUCCCAGUGUUAAUCGACUCUUGCUAUCUAAAUAACGGUUCCUCAACCACCUACCCAGGCGAGCCCUUGCCUUGCCUACACGCCAAAUUUCUCUCUUCUCUAUUGUCGUGACGCG